AUGUAUCUCCUGGUUUAUGUUGAUGACAUCAUUCUCAUCAGUUCCUCUGACACUGCUGCUGAUCGCCUUGUGACUGCUCUCAGUGAUAACUUUGCUGUCAAGGAUUUAGGUGCACUGCAUUUCUUCCUUGGUCUGGAGGUUUCCCGCUCUUCUGCUGGGCUGACUCUUACUCAGAAAAAGUACUCCCUGGACUUGUCGCGGCGUGCUGGAAUGCUUCAGUGCAAACAUGCUGUCACUUCGAUGUCUGCCACUGAUCGGUUGUCUGCCCUUGAUGGAGACUCUCUCUCGUCUGAUGAUGCUACUGAGUAUCGCAGUCUUGUUGGUGGUCUGCAAUACCUUACUAUUACCAGGCCUGAUAUCUCUUAUGCAGUCAACCAUCCUGCACCGUCGUGUGAGCUCUGA